AUGGCUUCAAUAAUAUUCUCUCGCGCUGCGGCGAGUGGCUCUAUUGACCCUCCUCUGCCUCAGGCAGUUGGAUAUGUGGUCGUCGUACUUAUCGGCUUCCUUAUUGCCUUUAUCAUGAUAUUCGUCACCUACCUCCUUAAAAGGACCGCAGGCGAGGACAACAGAACCACAGAAAUGUUCAUGACUGCAAACCGCCGGGCUCACACACUCCUGGAAAUCGUGCGUAUUAGAUACGGUAACGUUGCGCAUAUAGUCUGGAUUGCACUAUGCCUCAUCAACAAUAUUAUCGCCGUUGCAAAUAUGUUGCUAGGCGCCAGUGCAGCCAUCUCGGCACUGACCGGAAUGCCAGUGGUAGCCGCCAUCUUCUUGCUGCCGGCAAGUGUGGUUCUGUAUACAUUUGUUGGUGGCAUCAAGGCCACUUUCCUGACAGACUACUUCCACACGUUUAUCAUAACCAUAAUAAUCUGCUACUUCACCAUCGCGACAUUCUCAGUCCCAGAGAUAUCCUCCCCGGGCCAUCUCUUCGAUCUUGUCGUCAAGGCCGGCCAGGCCCAUCCUGUGGCCGGAAAUCAUGACGGAUCGUACUUGACAAUGGCAAGCAAGGAUGCCAUCUUAUUCGGCAUCAUCCACAUUCUCGCCAACUUUGGCCUAGUCAUCAUGGACACGGGCUUCUUCACAAAAGCCUUCAGCGCCGCCCCACAAGCCGUGGUCCCAGGCUACAUCAUCGGCGGGAUCGCCUACUUCGCCAUCCCCUGGUGUCUGGGCACGCUCAUGUCCCUCUCGGCCCUCGGCCUCGAGGCAAUCCAGUCCCCCCGCUUCCCAACCUACCCAGACCGCAUGUCGACGGUAGAGAUCUCCAACGGCCUCGUCCUGCCGUACGCAGCAGUCGCCAUCGCCGGCAAAGGCGGCGCCGCCGCAGUCCUGCUCAUCACAUUCAUGGCCGUCACCUCGACCAUCUCAGCGCAGGUGAUCGCCUACCUGAACCGCGGCGCGACGGACCGCGACGUCAUCCGCUGGAGCCACAUCGGCGUCGUCAUCUUCGGCAUCUUCUCGGCGGCCUUCUCGACGGCGCUGUACUACGGCAGCGUCGACCUCGGCUGGACGCUGUACAUGCUGGGCGUGCUGACCUGCCCGGGCAUCUUCCCGACCACCUUCACCAUACUGUGGAAGAAGCAGUCCAAGGUCGCUGCGAUCGUCUCGCCCCUGCUUGGACUCGCUACGGGCCUCGCAGUCUGGCUGGGCUCCGCGCACGCCUUCUACGGCGAGAUUUCCAUCGCAUCUACCGGCGCCACCCUGCCCUGUGUCUAUGGCACCACGGCCUCGGCGCUGAGUCCAGCGCUGUACUCUGUUGUUAUCUCUCUGGUGCGGCCGGCCAAUUAUGACUGGGCUGAGUUCCGGAAGGAGAGGCUGCUAUUCGACAACCACAACACAAGCAGGGCUGAGAACCCCAGGGUUCCCGAGUCUCACGUGGAGGCACCCUCGUCAUAUACUCAAGACAGGGCAAGUCUCAAACAUUGGGGAAUUAUCGCUAGUGCUUGGGCUCUGGCUACUUUCUUUGGCCACUGGGUGUUGUGGCCGCUGCCGAUGUAUGCCGCGAAGUACAUAUUCAGCCGUCAGUUCUUCGCUGCCUGGGUCGUCAUAUCGAUCAUCUGGGUCUGGGGAACCAUGCUUGUAGCAGGAUUCUUCCCCAUCAUAGAUGGGAGGAAACAAAUAUCUCUCGUUCUCAGAGGGCUGAGAUUCGGGAAGGGCAAGACUGCCACCCCUUCCGAGUCUUCCAGCAGCCGAGAGGGUACUGUCUCGGAGGUAAAACAGGUCAAAGAUGGAGUCGAGGUGAAAUCCUGA